AUGAGGUAUUGGAUUAUCGGGCUUUGUUACUUUAUCGGUUGGUGGGCAGCGACGGCCGCAGUGGAUGUCAUUGUGAUCAACCAACCUACACCAAAUCAAAAGGUGGUCAACCGACAAGUGUUGGCCAUUCAAUACACAAUCAUUGGAGCUCAGACAAUAAACCCGCCGAUAAACGCCCUCUAUCCAAGUUCUAUGGACGCUACAUUUCACUGGCAGCAGCGACAGACACCGUCCACAAGUUUUAAUAUUUCGGGACUCUCCAACUUGAAUACCGAUCCCUAUCCUGCGGGGAUCCAAAAUCAAAUCUAUACAGCUCAUUGGAAAUUGCCCAACUGCCAUUUCUUUGCUCGCUACAAACCGACUGACUGGGAUUUCACCCUGGUUUUCGAACUAAAGUAUCCAAUCAACCCAAACAACCUUCCCACGCAACCUCCUAUCCGUAUACCAUUGGCUAUUGAACCCGUUGGCAACGACAUCACCCCAAAAUGCACCUAA